UCCGGGGAUCCCAGACUUGUGUCCUGUGCAGGGAAUCUGGGAAGGGCUCAGGAUUGGGGCGAGCGCGGAAGACCUGGCACUGGGAGCCUAAGACCCGCGGUGCAAUGCAGGAGCCGAGCAGGCGCGCGCCAGGAACCCGCGGAGGGAGCAGGGGUUGGCGCAGGCGCUGGCGUUGACGCUGCGGGAGGGCGACUGUGGCCUAGGCGGUGGCCUUGGCCUCGGGUGGUGCGGAUGAAGUCGCCCAGGGGCUGCUAGUGGCUCCGCAGCGAGGCCUGGGAGAGCCCGGGAAGCCCGCCGCUGCCUCCAGGGCCACAACACAAGCCAGCUUGAGCAGGGAGAAACAACGGCUUUGAACCUGGACCUGCGAGCUGUUAUUUCAGCUACACUGAAGUUCUGCGAUCCCAGAAGGCACAUUUAGGAAAACGAUGGAGUUUAGUGACUGCUUCAGCCUGGCCCGUCCUCACAACCCUCGCCCAGGAGACUUGAUUGAAGUGUUCCGCCCUGGCUAUCAGCACUGGGCGCUGUACUUGGGUGAUGGUUAUGUUAUCAACAUUGCACCUAUCGAUGGCAUUCCUUCAGCCUUUACAAGCGCAAAGUCUGUGUUCAGCACCAAGGCCUUAGUGAAAAUGCAGCUUCUGAAGGACGUUGUGGGAAACGACACCUACAGAAUAAAUAACAAGUACGAUACAACUCACCAACCUCUCCCCGUGGAGGAAGUGAUGCAGCGCUCCGAGUUCGCCAUUGGGCAGGAGGUGGCCUAUGACUUACUGGUCAACAACUGCGAGCAUUUUGUGACCUUGCUCCGCUAUGGAGAAGGAGUGUCAGAACAGGCCAACCGAGCAAUAAGCACCAUUGGAUUGAUGGCGGCUGCUAUUGAUAUCUUCGCGUUCCUCGGCUUGUUUCCAAAGAAACAAAGAACAAAAUAUUAGCAAUUUACUGAAGAGAUUGGAAUUGAAGGAAUCUGUGAGGAGAAAGAAAUUCUGGGGCGAAUACUUAUUUUGAACGCAUCAUAAUUUCUCCCGGUCCCCAUGAUAGAUGGCAGACUCUGUAAUAAAUUGCUUGCUGAUUUUAAUCUUAUCAUUGAGACAAGGAAAGUUUUUCCCCCCACUAGUAUAGACUUGCUGUCGCAGCUUGAACAAAAAGCAGUUGCCUCUUGAUGGAGCCAGUUGCGGAGCUUAACAAAACCAAGAUCACAUUUUAUCUUCCACUGUAAAUAUUGUUUCGCUUUCCCCAAAGGACAGCCAUUUUGCCAGAGGGGUGAAAGUUAUUUGCAUAUGCUUCUGAAAGACAGCUGUCAAGGCCAACGUCUAAAUUCAUUUUCCUUUUCUUGUCAGAAAAAAAAAAAAAGGAAAGUGGAUAUUUCUAGUAUUGGUUAGGCAACAACUCGAGAAUCUCUGAAUGACAAAGCAUCUGAUAAUACCCCUAUACUGCUAUCCCUGUGGAGGUGUGAGCAUGUAGGAAGAGAAUUGGAAGGGCUUUUGUGUGUGCGUUGUUUGGGGUGCUUAUAAACGGUGUGCAUGUGUGGCGACAGUCGUGGGUGCCAGUCUUUGCUCUCUGAGACAGGGUAUAUUGCCCUUCACAACUUAGGACAGGCUGCCUAGCCCAUUAGCUUCCUUAAAGUCUCUCGUCUUUACCCCUGUUUCAGUGUAGGAGAUCUGGAAUUACAGAUGUACACUACCAAGCCAAGCUUCUAUGGAAGCUGGGGAUCUGAACUCAGGGCUUCAGGCUUAUGAGUAAAAUGCUUUCCCCAUUAAGCUAUCUCCUGGAUUUCUGUAAUGCUUACAGACCCAGUGGGUUCCCUAGAAUCUACUUAUUUGACAGGAAUCAGUGAUGGGCAAUGGGUUGUAUUUUUAUUGAGUUAAAUUGUUCCCUCUAGGUUGUAUAGUAGCUCAGUGGCUUGAUCUUUGAGCCUUGGCAAGUGAUCAUUAAUACUGAUGUAAAGUGCUAUAUUUGGGAUACAAAAUCCCAUAUCCCUUUAAAGACUUUUACUGUAAGCCAAGGAAUCCCAUUAUUUUAUGCUUUCGUUUUAUUGAUUAUGUGUUGAAUUAAACUAGCUUUAAAUACCA